GCAACUUCCGUUUGUCGAGCCAUUCGGCUCGCGGCGGAGGACUUUGAUACAUGUUGUCACUGACUACACAGGGAGGUGCAUUAAAUUACCCAAAUUUACGGUUGUUGAGAGAAGCGGAAAAAUAAACGAACAAACUAAUUUCUCCGAGAAUGACAGACUUGGGGAUUUCACUGGCACUAUUGGCGACAACAGUACUUCUCUGCGAGGCGACGCGCAGACUGAUCUCGCGCCUCUUCUCUGGCAAGGAUUAUGCGAUUUACCUAGUGGAAAUUGUCUCGACCUACCAGCUCUGUGCAUGUACGCACGAACUCAAAGUCCUGGGCGAAGUUGGCAGAAUCGAACCGCAUAUAGCACUCACACUGACUUUCAUAAUCACGGUGGUCCACGUAAUAACUUUUCACGGGGCGUUCGCCAACCCAAAUGGUGCUAUCGAGAACGUUUACCGCAAGAAUAUCACAGGGAAAACUGCGGUGGCGCGCAUAACUUGUAUGUUUAUAGGUGGGAAAGCUGCGCAGCUCCUCGUGCCCCACAUUUGGUCCUUGGGUCUAUCCGACCACCACAUCAGGCACAAAAGGUUCGGAUUUAAAUGCUUCAGUCCCAUCAAUGGGUCCCUGUUGGAGGCCGCUGGUGUGGAGCUGGCUUGCACUUUCGCUGUCCAAGCCGCAGUCCUCCACAUUAAUAAACUAGACGAGAGAUUCCACGCCCCUGUCAUCGCUGCCGUCAUUACAUCACUGGUUUACUCAGGGGGUCAUAUUUCAGGGGCUGUUUUCAACCCAAUCAUGGCCUUCUCCGUCCAGUUCCCCUGCAGUGGACACACCUUCCUGGAAUAUGCUUUUGUCUACUGGCUAGGACCAGUCAUAGGCAUGGCAAUGUGCAUCCUGCUCUUUGACAAAAUCAUCCCACUCCUAUCUGGGAAAAGCACAAUGGGCCUGGGCAUCCCUGUUGUCCAGAAGAAGAAGAUACAGUAACACACAACUGAGAUUGUGGCUUAGCCCUCUGAGGAGGCCCUUUUAUAUAUGGAUGGUGCCAGGGCGGCCAUUCGUUUUUGAUCAUUAUGGUCACCUUAACAUGACUAGGUCUAAGGGCGUUCACACAUACUAAGUCUUAACUUUGAUAAUUUUACCCCCCCCCACCCCCCAAAAAAGAAACUAGUGGGCAUAAAUCUAUAAUCUAUCGAAUUAUCAAUAUUGGUGCCUGCCACAAACAAAAAACAGUAUUCUGUCUAUGCUUAGGGCUAAGUGCUCAUCCAUGCAACAAACAGUUGCUACUCAUUUUCAAUUUAUGCUGCCCUAAAGAAGGGCCAUAACAUAAGCUGUUGAUCAGUAAAACAUUUUUACUUAAUGUAAGAUUUUUAUAUGGAAAAUGUGCUGAGAAAAGGCUCCCUGGACUUUGUCAUUAUGCAAUAUUUGUCAUUAGUGCAGGGUUACCUCUAAUGGCAUAACAUGUUCCUGUAUGAAACUAUCCGAAACUGUCAUGACCUCAUGAACUGAAAUUAACCUUCUACUAUGGAUGACUACAGCAAUGGCAUAUAAUGCAUUCGGAAAGUAUUCAGACCCCUUGACUUUUUCUAUUGUUACGUUAGCCUUAUUCUAAAAUGUAUUAAAAAUGUUUUUUCCCCCUCAAUCUACACACACAACACCCCAUAAUGACAAAGCAAAAACAGGUAUUGACAUUUUUGCUCAUUUAUAAAAAUAGGGAAAUAUGACAGUUAUAUAAGUAUUCAGACCCUUUACUCAGUACUUUGUUGAAGCACCUUUAGCAGCGAUUACAGGUAUGCGGUCAGCUGUAGGGCUGGCUCAGGGAAGAGGACGCCCCUGCCUUGCAUAGUCCCGUGGGAAAUCUUAAUUGGGCAUGGGACACAAGCUAAAGCUUGAUCACCCUUUAGCUGGCCACCUUUGAUGAGGGUGUUUAGUGAUUAAAGGCCGAAACACCCACUGAUUCGAAGGCACACUACUGAUGAUGUGUCCCAAAAUUGACAUCUUAACCCAGUCUAAGAAAUAAACCUCCCAUGCCACUCUGUCAACAUCACGGAAAAUCUCAUGUGAGUGCAUACCAUCUAUUGGCACAAUGGACAGUUUCAACAUCUCGUCCCGUGUUUUAUGAUUCUGAUUCGAGUCUUCUUGGAUAUAACGCUACAAGCUUGCCACACCUGUAUUUGGGGAGUUUCUUCCAUUCUUCUCUGCAGAUCCUCUCAAGCUCUGUCAGGUUGGAUGGGGAGUGUUGCGGCACAGCUAUUUUCAGGUCUCUCCAGAGAUGUUCAAUCAGGUUCAAGUCCGGGCUGCUCAAUGACGUCCAGAGACUUGUUCCAAAGCAACUCCUACGUUGUCUUGGCUGUGUGCUUAGAAUCAUUGUCCUGUUGGAAGGUGAACCUUCGUCCUAGUCUGACGUCCUGAGCAGUUUGGAGCAGGUUUUCAUCAAGGAUCUUUAUACUUUGCUCCGUUCAUCUUUCCCUCGAUCCUGACUAGUCUCCCAGUCCCUGCCUCUGAAAAACAUCCCCACUGCAUGAUGCUGUGUCGUGGAAAUUCAUGUAUACUGAGAGAGAUUUGGACAAUUAUUCAAACAAAUCAAUCUUUAACAUUGAUUCAUUAUUGCAAUAAUGAAGCUGGUCGACCGCACACUCUGAAGUGUGUGUUGCAGAGAGCUUAACCUUCCAGAGGAAUCCUGGUUCUUAUAUAGCCAACAUUAAAUGCUUAGUCAUGGCUGGUUCCACCCCUCCCAUGCAGAUCAGGAGACUCAGACACUUUGGGUUCAUCUUGUGAUUAUCUGCACCUGGUGCCGUUUUAACCCCCAACCCAGCUUUGUUUCUAAAUCAUCCUUUUAUUUGGGCAACUGAGGGAUUUUGUUCUACUCCUCCAGGCUCUCUGUUACACCCACCACAUCUUGUCUAUAGAAUACAGUCUUUAGGUUUUAUCACCAAGUCAACGGUCAGCUCAAGCUCUCUAGUGACCAUACGCUUAGAUUAGCUGCAAGGAGCUAGAGUGUAGACCAUAAAAACAUAUCAUUAGAACAGAAAUGUCCCACUUUUUCAAAUAUAUAAUUAUUAAAUAUCAAACAAAUCAGGUAAACACGGAAUUUCUCACAGCUGCCACCACCAUGCUUCACCGUAGGGAUGGUGCCUGGUUUCCUCCAGACGUAAUGCUUAGCAUUCAGGCCAAAGAGUUCAAUAUCGGUUUCUUCAGACCAGAGAGUCCUUUAGGUGCCUUUUGACCACCUCCAAGCGGGCUGUCAUAUGCCUUUUACUAAGGAGUGGUUUCCAUCUGGCCACUACCAUAAAAAGGCCUGAUUGGUGGUGUGCUGCCGAGAUGGGAGAACCUUCCAGAAGGACAGCCAUCUCCAAAGAGGAACUCUGGAGCUCUGUCAGAGUGACCAUUGGGUUCUUGGUCACCUCCCUGACCAAGGCCCUUCUCCCCCGAUUGCGCAGUUUGGCCCGGCGACCAGCUCUAGGAAGAGUCUUGGUGGUUCCAAACUUCUUCCAUUUAAUAAUGAUGGAGGCCACUGUGUUCUUGGGGACCCUUCAAUGUUAAGAAAAUGAUUUGGUACCCAUCCCCAGGUCUGUGACUCGACACAAUCCUGUCUCGGAGCUUUAUGGAGAAUUCCAUCGACCUCAUGGCUUGGUUUUUGCUCUGACAUGCACUGGCAACUGUGGGACCUUAUAUAGACAGGUGUGUGGCUUCCCAUUUGAAUUUACCACAGGUGGACUCCAAGUUGUAGAAACAUCUCAAAGGAUGAUCAAUGUAAACAGGAUGCACCUGAGCUCAAUUUUAAGUCUCAUAGCUUUGUCAUUGUGUGUAGACUUGAGUACAUGUUUAUUUAAUCCAUUUUAGAUUUAGGCUGUAAUGAAACCAAAUGUGUAAAAAGUUAAGGGGUCUGAAUACUUUCCGAAUGCACUGUACCAUGUUGUUGUUGUCGUAUGGACCUUAUACCCUGGAUGACUACAACAUACUCAAUAUGAGCAGAAUGAAAAGACAUGUCCCUAAGGGAGAGGUUAUACAGACAUGCUGGUGCCCAAAUUGAUGUCUGUCGAGCAGCAAGAGCAGUGGAGACAAACAUUUGGUUCAGACGGAAACCUGGUCUCAGACUAAUCCGAGACACUCAGUAUGAUAAGUUACAUAAGACAAAUGGCAAAAACAAAAAGUACGGUAGUUGGUUGGGGUGGAUGGGUGAUAGACGUUCGAUAUACUAUCAACCCAAAGGCUGCGAGCUCGAAUCAGACAAAUUUGAGCUAAUUAGCAACUAACUGAUUUACUACUUUUCAUGUUAGGGGAAGGGUUAGCUAACUCUUUAACCUAACUCCUGAACUUAACGUUAGCCACCUAGCUUGAAUUUGUUUCAUACAUUUUGCAAAUUCGUCACACAUGGUACGUUUUAGCAAAUUAUUAACAUAAGAAUUGAAAUUCGUAACAUACGAAAUUGGUGGUGGACGUUCAAACAUACUAAAACAUACUAAAAUUACAUUCAGAAUAAUAAGAAAUGCUCUGACCACAGCUCAGCUGCAGCUAGUCGUCCUGAGCCCUUCAGCUAGCUAGCUAGUUUAAUGAUUGUGGCUAGUAACUUCAGCUAGAAUUGGAAACUUGUCUAAGUUGGGACUUUUCAGAAGCAUCCAGUUAAAAUCGGAGUAAUAGUUUAUUUAAUUAAAACAUUUGAACGCUAGAUGCUCACUACAAUAAAAAUUUGCUUUAGCAGUCACCCUGGCCUGAUUACCUACACUGCUCACUAGAUAGUGUAGCCAGACUGUUUCAUGGUAACAUCCAGAUGUUUAUGACGAAUAUUACAAGUUAAUUCUCAUGUAGGCUGCUAUCCUCCUCAAAAUAAAAUCAAGUGUGACUAAACAAAUUGGAGAUUGUGACCAAAACAAGUUAUUUCUCCCUCAUCCAUUGACAAACAGCACGUUUAUUUACAAGGGCUUAUCAGGACGACUGACUGAACCAAACCCAUUUGUCUCUACACUCGACCCUCAACUGCGUGACAUACAGAGCGAUGCAAAAGUAUUCAACCCUUUGGCAUUUUUCCUAUUUUGUUGCAUUACAACCUGUAAUUUAAAUGUAUUUUUAUUUGGAUUUCAUUUAAAGGACAUACAAAAAGUCCAAAUUGGUGAAGUGAAAAAGAUUAUAUUAGACAUUUUUGAAACUUAAAAGUGGUACAUACAUAUGUAUUCACCCCCUUUGCUAUGAAGCUCCUAAAUAAAAUCUGGUGCAACCAAUUACCUUCAGAAGUCACAUAAUUAAAUAAAGUCCACCUGUGUGCAAUCUAAGUGUCACAUGAUCUCAGUAUACACGUUCUGAAAGGCCCCAGAGUCUGCAACACCACUAAACAAGGGGCACCACCAAGCAAACGGCACCAUGAAGACCAAGGAGCUCUCCAAACAGGUCAGGGACAAAGUUGUGGAGAAGUACAGAUCAGGGUUGGGUUCUAAAAAAAUAUUCUAAACUUUGAACAUCAGAGCACCAUUGAAUUAAUUAUUUUUACAUAAAGGGAAAUAUUGCACUACAAUAAACCUGCCAAGAGAGGGUCGCCCAUCAAAACUCAUGGACCAGGCAAGGAGGGCAUUAAUCAGAGGCAACAAAGAGACCAAAGAUAACCCUGAAGGAGCUGCAAAGAUCCACAGCGGAGAUUGGAGUAUCUGUCCAUAGGACCACUUUAGCUGGGCUUUACAGAAGAGUGUCAAGAGAAAAGCCAUUCCUGAAAGAAAAAAUUAGCAAAUAUGUUUGGUGUUGGCCAAAAGGCAUGUUGGAGACUCCCCAAACAUAUGGAAGAAGGUACUCUGGUCAGGUGAGACUAAAUUUGAGCUUUUUGACCAUCAAGGAAAAUGCUGUCUGGCAUUAACCCAACACCCCAAGAACCCUAUCCCCACAGUGAAACAUGGUGGUGGCAGCAUCAUGCUGUGGGGAAGUUCUUCCAUUGGCAGGGACUGGGAAACUGGUCAUAAUUGAAGAAAUAAUGGAGGGUGCUAAAUAAAGGGAAAUUGAGGGAAACCUGUUUCAGUCUUCCAGAGAUUUGAGACUGGGACGGAGGGUCACCUUCCAGCAAGACAAUGACCCUAAGCAUACUGCUAAAGCAACACUUGAGUGGUUUAAAAAGGGAAACAUUUAAAAUGUUCUGGAAUGGCCUAGUCAAAGCCCAGACCUCAAUCCAAUUGAGAAUCUAUGGUAUGACUUAAAGAUUGCUGUACACAAGCGGAACCCAUCCAACUUGAAGGAGCUGGAGUGGUUUUGCCUUGAAGAAUGGGCAAAAAUCCCAGUGGCCAGAUGUGCCAAGCUUAUAGAGACGUACCCAAAGAGACUUGCAGCUGUAAUUGCUGCAAAAGGUGGCUCUACAAAGUAUCGACUUUGGGGCAGUGACUAGUUAUGCACGCUCAAGUUCUGUUUGUCUCAUUUCUUGUUUGUUUCACAAUAAAUAAAUAUAAAAAGGUGUGUAAAUCAAAUGAUACAAACCUCCCCAAAAAAUAAAUCUUAAUUCCAGGUUGUUAAGGCAACAAAAUAAGAAAAAUGGCCAAGGUACUGUACAUCCAUUUGGGCACCAGGCCUCUCCCUAAUAUCAUCAGUCAUUGUGACAUACCUCAGAAGAAAGAAAUUCUGCGUCACAAAUGGAGCCAGGCGUUUGCAGCCCCUCAAGUUUAAUAUGAACUUUCUGUUCCAAACGAUGGAGUACCUUAGUCUUUGCAUGUGUGCUGGAUUUUCAACAAGCGUCAACUGUCCCAUUUUAGAGUCAUGGUACCAUUCCAGGUAUAAAUGUCUAAAAACAAGGGUUAUGUUAUGACUAGUCUGGAUCAUGAUGAUUAGACAUUUAAGGGGUCAUAUGUUCAUGUCAAACAAUGCAUUAUAACUGCAAACUAAUGUUUAGGCAGACCCGGGCAUUACCUUAUUGCAGUUACAUAACAUGGAGUCUUUGAAAUGGCAUCCUAUUCCCUAUAUAUAGUGCACUACUUUUGACCACAGCCCUAUAAGCCCUGGUCAAAAGUAGUGCACCACACACACACACUAGUGAAUAGGGAGCCGUUUUAGACAGUCAUAGAAAACACAAAAAAAUGCCUCUAAUCAAUCACUACUCCACAUGUUGAUUGUAGAAUGAAUUCUACAAUGCUGUUUGGCCAGCAGUACCUCGGUAGCUUCUCAGGCCAAAGAAGAGUAUUCCAUUUGUUAAAUGAUGCAUAUAGAUUGUUUUGUUCUUUAAGAGAGCUGUAUUGUUGUCAGUGGUGAUUGUGCUACAUAAUACAAAAAUAAACGUCUUUUUUUAAAGGACAUGAGGAUUA